GCAGCUCCCUGCGGUCAGUUUCUGAUGAGUCACAGCUUGCACAUUUCCUGUUUUCUCUGUAAAGGAUAUAACAGUGGAUCUAUGCUCUCUCAGCUGUUAUGGCCCCGUUUCUGUUCCUGUUGUUAUUUCUCUCUGGAGCAGCUUCAGACCUGACUGUGGUAACAGUUGAUCCUGGUGAUGAUGUCAUUCUGCCAUGUCGGACUGCUGAUCCCUUCAUCAGUGUCGUAGAGUGGAGCAGACCUGACCUGAAGCCAGAUACCGUCUUCUUAUACUUAGAUGGACACUUGGAUACAGACGACCAGCAUCCAUCCUUUAAGGACAGGGUGGAGCUGGUGGACAGAGAGCUUAAGGACAGAGACGUGUCUUUAAUUCUGAAGAACGUGAGCAGACACGACGCUGGAACAUACAAGUGUUUAGUUAUAACCGAUUCAAGACGUACAAAGGGAGACAUUAUUGACUCUGAGCCAAUCAGAAUCAUCCGUCUGCAGGUCACAGACCCAGGUUCUGAGGAUGGAAACUCGUCUCCUGUAGUCCUAUACGGUGUACUGGCUGCAGGUGUUCUGCUUCUUGUAGCUCUUGCUGCAGUGGUUGGUGUCCUGAUAUAUAAAAAAAGACAUAAGGACAAGAGCUGUGAGAAAUCAAGACAGUCUGCUCCUGAUGAAGCAUCGGCCGUUCAGUUCAUCUGACAACUCCCAGAGCUCUUUACACCUGACUGUUUUCUCAUGUAUUGUAAAUAUUCAACACUUUUUUUUCAAAUCUGCUGUUUCUUUUCUCAACCAUAUGAAUCCCACAUACUUUUUUUUCAAGUAAAAGUUUUGUUAUUUUAAAGAUGCCAAACAUAUCCCCCUCUGAAUCACCACCUGAGCGUCGUGGAGGGGUUUGUGUACACGUAGAGUCUGGGAUCUGUAUCAUCUGGAGCUCUGAGCUCCUGAGGGUCUAGUGCUGCGGCUGGUUAAACUGCUAUGCACUUUCUUCCCCCUCCACCCAACCUUCACGGCUUUGUUUUGGGAAAAUGGCGGAGGCUGAUAAAAAAAUGGUCUGUAACUUCACUUGCUUAUUACAGGAGCACAACCGUGAUGCACGAGCACGUAAAAAGGAAACACACAGGAAUUGUUCAAGAUUAGGGUUGGGUACCGUUUGGAUUUUUACGAUUCCGAUGCCGAAC